AUGGCGGACGUCUCCCCUAACCCAAUCCCCUUCUCCGAGCCUCCUUAUCUACGGGGUCUCCCAUCCCCAUACUACACCGCCAGUCAUCGCCAGUUCCAAAAAGCCUGCCGCAAGUUCAUGUGGGAGCAUCUCCUCAGCCAUGCAAUGGAAUGGGAGAAGCAGGGCACCGUCCCGGCACAUGUCUUCACGGAUUUCUGCAAGCAUCACAUGCUGCUGCCGAACCUCCCCGCCCCGCUGCCGAUAGCAUGGCUGAAGAGACUGGGGAUCCACGACAUCCUCGGGGUCAAAGUCGAGGAGUGGGAUUAUCUACACACGGGCAUCUACUGCGACGAGGUAGGCCAGGUCCCGGAACCAGAAUGCACGAAAGCUGACAUGGCACAGUUGGGCCGGUCGGGUCUGGCGGGACCCGGGGCGUCGUUGAACGCCGGGUUUGCCUUCGGGAUCCCCCCGAUCCUCAAGUAUGGAAGCGAGGAGCUGCAGGAGCGCGUGCUUCCGGAGCUUCUCACGGGGAAGAAGCGCGCGUGCAUUGCCAUCACGGAGCCGGAGGCUGGUAGCGAUGUUGCGAACAUUACAACGACGGCGACCAAAAGCCCCGAUGGGAAGUACUACAUCAUCAACGGGACAAAGAAAUGGAUCACCAACGGCAUCUGGUCCGACUACACGACCAUGGCCGUCCGCACCGGCGGGCCCGGGGCAGCCGGUCUCUCCGUCAUCCUGGUCCCCCUCAAGGGCCACCCGGGCGUAACCAUGCGUCGUCUCAAGGUCUCCGGCCAGCUCACCGGCGGCACGACCUACAUCGAACUGGAUGACGUGCAGGUGCCCGUGGGCAACCUGAUCGGGCGCGAAGGCGAGGGCAUGCGCAUCAUCAUGACCAACUUCAACCACGAGCGCCUGACGAUCGCGGUGGGUGUGACGCGACAGGCACGGGUGGCCCUUGCCUCGGCGGUGCAGUACACGAUGAAGCGCGAGGCGUUCGGCAAGACGCUCAUGGAUCAGCCGGUGGUGCGGCAUCGGCUGGCCAAGGCCGGAGCGGAGCUCGAGACGAUGUGGGCGUGGGUGGAGCAGAUCCUCUACCAGCUGUGCCAUCUGAGCAAAGAGGAGGCUGAUACGCAGCUGGGAGGGAUCACGGCACUGGCCAAGGCGAAGGCGGCCAUGGUGUUGAAUGAAUGCGCGCAGUGUGCGGUGCUGUUGUUUGGGGGCGCUGGGUUCACGGCGAGUGGGCAGGGCGAGUUGGUAGAGGCCAUCCUGCGUGAUGUUCCUGGCGCGCGAAUUCCUGGAGGUUCUGAAGAUGUUCUCCUUGACCUGGCGGUGCGCCAACUGGUCAAGAUCUACCAAGUGGGGGAGAAGAAACUGGCGCAGCAGGCGAAGAUGUGA